AUGGAACUGAGUACCGGGCAUCCUGGGAAGGAGACGGACCAUUCUGGGAAGGGGAUGGACCACAAAGGGCAUCCUAGGAAGAAUACUAGCAGCAUGGAGACCCAGACAACAGACAUGGGCCUGCAGCAGGAAACGUGCGAUGUGUACUUUCCCCAGCCUGACAACACAUCAACCUCGAAGGUGCUGGAAUACAAAGGAUACAGACCAUACAAGUGUCACCUGUGUGACUAUGCUGCCUCUCAGAAACGUGGUUUGGAAAAACAUAUGGCAAAACACAGUAGUGAGAAACCAUACGUGUGCUGGGAGUGUGGAUACAGGACAGCUUAUAGAACUCAUACGGGAGAAAGGCCCUACAAGUGUGACCAGUGUGACUAUUCUGCAGCAGAGAAGUCCACAUUGGACAAACAUCGAAGAAAACACACCGGUGAGAGACCCUACAUGUGUGAGAAGUGUGGGUAUAGGACAACUCAAAGGUCUACCUUAUCUCAACAUAUGAGAACCCAUACAGGACAACAACAAUAG